CAGAGCGUCUCCCUCCGCUGCGCAGCGAGACCCGGGCCUCGCGGCCCCAGGAGCCCCCGGCUGCCUCGCCAGGUGCGCGGCACUGAAGUUCUCGCGGAAGGGAGUCCAAGUCUUCGAGGUGAACUAUGACCACUUUACUCUUGGUGUUUGUGACUCUGAGGGUCAUUACAGCAGCCAGCGCAAUAGAAGCUUCAGACCCUGACAACUCGCUGAGUGUCAGCAUCCCCGAACCGUCCCCCCUGCGGGUCCUCCUGGGGAGCUCCCUCACCAUCCCCUGCUACUUCAUCGACCCCAUGCACCCCGUGACCACCGCCCCCUCCACCGCCCCCCUCUCCCCGAGAAUCAAGUGGAGCCGCAUUUCCAAGGAGAAGGAGGUGGUGUUGCUAGUGGCCACGGAAGGGCAGGUGCGGGUUAACAGUGCCUACCAAGACAAGGUCUCGCUGCCCAACUAUCCGGCCAUCCCCAGCGACGCCACCUUGGAAAUCCAGAACCUGUGUUCCAAUGACUCUGGGAUGUACCGCUGUGAGGUCAUGCACGGCAUUGAGGACAGCGAGGCUACCCUGGAGGUCGUGGUGAAAGGCAUCGUGUUCCAUUACAGAGCUAUCUCCACACGCUACACGCUGGACUUUGACAGGGCACAGCGGGCCUGCCUGCAGAACAGUGCCAUCAUCGCCACACCCGAACAGCUGCAGGCUGCCUACGAGGACGGCUUCCACCAGUGCGACGCCGGCUGGCUGGCCGACCAGACUGUCAGGUACCCCAUCCACACUCCGAGGGAAGGCUGUUACGGGGACAAGGAUGAGUUUCCGGGCGUGAGGACAUACGGCAUCCGAGACACCAAUGAGACCUAUGAUGUGUACUGCUUCGCUGAAGACAUGGAAGGCGAGGUCUUCUAUGCCACAUCUCCGGAGAAGUUCACCUUCCAGGAGGCAGCCAAUGAGUGUCGGCGGCUGGGCGCCCGGCUGGCCACCACAGGCCAGCUCUACCUGGCCUGGCAGAGCGGCAUGGACAUGUGCAGUGCUGGCUGGCUGGCCGACCGCAGUGUGCGCUACCCCAUCUCCAAAGCCCGGCCCAACUGCGGGGGCAACCUGCUGGGCGUGAGGACCGUCUACCUGCAUGCCAACCAGACGGGCUACCCUGACCCCUCAUCCCGCUACGACGCCAUCUGCUACACAGGUGAAGACUUUGUGGACAUCCCAGAAAACUUCUUCGGGGUGGGUGGUGAGGAGGACAUCACCAUCCAGACAGUGACCUGGCCUGAUGUGGAGCUGCCUCUGCCCCGAAACGUCACUGAGGGUGAAGCCCGAGGCAACGUGAUCCUUACUGUGAAACCCAUCUUUGACGUCUCCCCCACUAUCCCGGAGCCCGAGGAGCCCUUCACGUUUGUCCCCGAAGUAGGGGCCACUGCCUUCCCUGAGGCUGAGAACAGGACUGGAGAGGCCACCAGGCCCUGGGGUGUCCCCGAGGAGUCCACGCCUGGCCUGGCCUUCACCGCCUUCACCAGCGAGGACCAUGUGGUGCAGGUGACCGCAGUCCCAGGCGCCACCGAGGUUCCCGGGCGGCCACGAUUGCCGGGGGGGGUUGUGUUCCACUACCGGCCAGGCUCUGCCCGCUACGCCCUGACGUUUGCGGAGGCUCAGCAGGCCUGCCUGCGCACCGGGGCAGUGAUCGCCUCCCCGGAGCAGCUCCAGGCCGCCUAUGAAGCAGGCUACGAGCAGUGUGAUGCUGGCUGGCUGCAAGACCAGACUGUCAGAUACCCCAUCGUGAGCCCACGAACCCCAUGUGUGGGUGAUAAAGACAGCAGCCCGGGAGUCAGGACCUACGGCGUCCGGCCACCGUCCGAAACCUAUGAUGUCUACUGCUACGUGGACAGGCUCGAGGGGGAGGUGUUCUUUGUCACACGCCCGGAGCAGUUCACCUUCGAGGAGGCCCUAGCAUUCUGUGAAUCCCACAACGCCACACUGGCCUCCACGGGCCAGCUCUACGCCGCCUGGAGCGGGGGCCUGGACAAGUGCUAUGCUGGCUGGCUGUCCGACGGCAGCCUCCGCUACCCCAUCGUCACCCCGAGGCCCUCCUGUGGCGGAGACAAGCCAGGCGUGAGAACGGUCUACCUUUACCCCAACCAGACAGGCCUCCCAGACCCACUGUCCCGGCAUCAUGCCUUCUGCUUCCGAGGUGUCUCAGCAGCGCCCUCUCCAGGAGAAGAAGAGGGUGGCACAGCCACGCCCUCUGUGGAGGACUGGAUCGCUACCCAAGUGGUGCCUGGUGUGGCUGCUGUCCCCUCCGGAGAGGAGACCACAACAAGCCCAGACUUCACCACUGAGCCAGAAAACCAGACGGAAUGGGAACUGGCCUACACCCCAGUGGGCACUUCCCCACCACCAGGGAUCCCUCCAACAUGGCCUCCCACCAGCGCAGCAACAGAGGAGAGCACAGAAGGCCCUUCUGGAACGGAAGUGCCCUCAGCCUCGGAGGAGCCGUCCCCCUCGGAGGAGCCAGCCCCCUCGGAGGAGCCCUUCCCCUGGGAGGAGCCAUCCACCCUUGCCCCCCCAGUGCCCAGUGGGACUGAGCUGCCAGGCUCUGGGGAGGCAUCCGGGGUACCCGAAGUCAGUGGUGACUUCACAGGCAGUGGAGAAGUUUCAGGACGUCUGGACUCCAGUGGACAGCCCUCAGGGGAAAUUUCAAGUGGACUGCCCUCUGGAGAUCUUGACUCCAGUGGUCUCACCUCUGCAGUGGGCUCAGGCCUGCCUGUGGAAAGUGGACUGGCCUCCGGGGAUGAAGAUAGAAUUACAGGGCCCAGCAUUCCUAAAGUUGGAGGUGAGGGCCUGGAGACUUCUGCCUCUGGAGUAGGAGACCUCAGCGGGCUGCCUUCUGCAGAAGGUCCAGAAGUCUCUGCCUCUGGAGUAGAGGUCCUCAGCGGGCUGCCUUCUGGAGAAGGUCCAGAAGUCUCUGCCUCUGGAGUAGGGGACCUCAGUGGACUGCCUUCUGGAGAAGGUCCAGAAGUCUCUGCCUCUGGAGUAGAGGUCCUCAGCGGGCUGCCUUCUGGAGAAGGUCCAGAAGUCUCUGCCUCUGGAGUAGGGGACCUCAGCGGACUGCCUUCUGGAGAAGGUCCAGAAGUCUCUGCCUCUGGAGUAGAGGUCCUCAGCGGGCUGCCUUCUGGAGAAGGUCCAGAAGUCUCUGCCUCUGGAGUAGAGAUCCUCAGCGGGCUGCCUUCUGGAGAAGGUCCAGAAGUCUCUGCCUCUGGAGUAGGGGACCUCAGCGGACUACCUUCUGGAGAAGGUCCAGAAGUCUCUACCUCUGGAGUAGAGGUCCUCAGCGGGCUGCCUUCUGCAGAAGGUCCAGAAGUCUCUGCCUCUGGAGUAGAGGUCCUCAGCGGGCUGCCUUCUGGAGAAGGUCCAGAAGUCUCUGCCUCUGGAGUAGGGGAUCUCAGUGGACUGCCUUCUGCAGAAGGUCCAGAAGUCUCUGCCUCUGGAGUAGAGGUCCUCAGCGGGCUGCCUUCUGCAGAAGGUCCAGAAGUCUCUGCCUCUGGAGUAGAGGUCCUCAGCGGGCUGCCUUCUGCAGAAGGUCCAGAAGUCUCUGCCUCUGGAGUAGAGGUCCUCAGCGGGCUGCCUUCUGCAGAAGGUCCAGAAGUCUCUGCCUCUGGAGUAGAGGUCCUCAGCGGGCUGCCUUCUGGAGAAGGUCCAGAAGUCUCUGCCUCUGGAGUAGAGGUCCUCAGCGGGCUGCCUUCUGGAGAAGGUCCAGAAGUCUCUGCCUCUGGAGUAGGGGACCUCAGCGGACUGCCUUCUGGAGAAGGUCCAGAAGUCUCUGCCUCUGGAGUAGAGGUCCUCAGCGGGCUGCCUUCUGGAGAAGGUCCAGAAGUCUCUGCCUCUGGAGUAGAGGUCGUCAGCGGGCUGCCUUCUGGAGAAGGUCCAGAAGUCUCUGCCUCUGGAAUAGGGGACCUCAGUGGACUUCCUUCUGGAAGAGAAGGUCUAGAGACCUCUGCCUCUGGAGUAGGGGACCUCAGCGGGCUGCCUUCUGGAAUAGAGGGUCAUCCAGAGACUUCUGCUUCUGGAGUAGGGGACCUCAGUGAAUUUUAUUCUGGAGGGGAGGGUCUGGAGACCUCUGCUUCUGGAGCUGAGGAACUCAGUGGGUUGCCUUCUGGAAAAGAAGACUUGAUUGGGUCAGCUUCCGGAGACUUGGACUUAGGCAGAAUACCUUCUGGAACUCCAGGAAGUGGGCAAGCUCCAGAAGCAAGUGGCCUUCCAUCUGGAUUUAGUGGUGAGUAUUCUGGGGUGGACCUUGGAAGUGGCCCAUCCUCUGGCCUACCUGACUUUAGUGGACUUCCCUCUGGAUUCCCAACCAUCUCCCUGGUGGAUACUACAUUGGUGGAAGUGGUCACAGCCACCACUGCAAGUGAACUGGAAGGGAGGGGGACUAUUGGCAUUAGUGGUGCCGGAGAAACAUCUGGGCUGCCCUUAAGCGAGUUGGACAUUAGUGGGGCAGUUAGCGGACUCCCAUCAGGAGCUGAACUCAGUGGCCAAGCCUCUGGGUCUCCUGACACCAGUGGGGAAACAUCUGGAUUCUUUGGUGUCAGUGGACAGCCAUCAGGAUUUCCUGACAUCAGCGGGGGAACAUCUGGGCUUUUUGAAGUCAGUGGGCAGGCAUCAGGGUUUUCUGGGGAAACAUCUGCAGUGACUGAGCUCAGUGGACUGGUCUCCGGCCAACCAGAUGUCAGUGGAGAAGCUUCUGGAGUUCUUUCUGGCAGUGGUCAACCAUUUGGCAUAACCGACCUGAGUGGGGAAACAUCUGGGGUCCCUGGUGUCAGUGGCGCGACCUCUGGAAUCCCUGACCUGGUUCCCAGUGCCGUGAGUGGCAGCGGUGCAUCUUCUGGCAUUACAUUUGUGGACACCAGUUUGGUCGAAGUGACCCCAACUACAUUUAAAGAAGAAGAAGGCUUGGGGUCUGUGGAACUCAGUGGACUCCCUUCAGGGGAGGCAGGUCUGUCAGGCACAUCUGGGAUCAUGGAUGUCAGUGGACAGUCUUCUGGAGCAGUUGACUCCGGCGGGUUUACCUCCCCGCCUCCAGAAUUCAGUGGCCUGCCAAGUGCAGUAGCUGAGGUCAGUGGAGAAUCCUCCGGGGCAGAGAUCGGGAGCAGCCUGCCCUCAGGAGCAUAUGACGGCAGUGGACUUGCUUCUGGUUUCCCCACUGUCUCUCUUGUAGACAGGACUUUGGUGGAAUCUGUAACCCAGGCUCCAACAGCCCAAGAAGCAGGAGAAGGGCCUUCGGGCAUUGUGGAACUCAGUGGUGCCCAUUCUGGAGCACCAGACGUGUCUGGAGACCAUUCGGGAUUUUUGGACCCGAGCGGGCCGCGGUCCGGGCUGGUGGAGCCCAGUGGGGAGCCAUCAAGUACUCCGUAUUUUAGUGGGGACUUUUCUGGCACUGUGGAUGUAAGUGGCGAAUCUUCUGCGGCCACGGGCACCGGUGGAGGGGCCUCAGGACUUCCAGAAGUCACUUUAAUCACUUCUGAGUUCGUGGAGGGUGUCACUGAACCAACCGUGUCCCAGGAACUUGCACAAAGACCCCCUGUGACACACACACCCCGGCUUUUCGAGUCCAGUGGAGAAGCCUCUGCGUCUGGGGAAAUUAGUGGAGCCACCCCAACGUUCCCCGGGUCUGGGGUAGGAUCGGUCCCGGAAUCCAGCAGCGAGACACCUGCCUUUCCUGAGGCUGGAGCGGGGGCUUCUGCUGCCCCUGAGGCGAGCGGAGGGGCUUCUGGGUCCCCUGAUGUAAGUGAAGCCACCUCCACCUUCCCCGACGCUGAUGUGGAGGGAGGCUCAGGCCUGGCGGUGAGCGGCAGCACCUCAGCCUUUCCGGAAGGCCCCGGGGAGGGCUCGGCCACCCCGGAAGCACGGGAGGAGCCAACCACCACCCACGAUGUGGGCACAGAGGCAUCGGGCUGGGCUUCGGCCACUCCGAUGGCUUCUGGAGACAGGACUGAAAUCGGCGGAGACCUGUCUGGUCACACGUCAGGGCUGGACGUGGUCAUCAGCACCAGCGUGCCAGAGUCUGAAUGGACCCAGCAGACCCAGCGCCCUGCAGAGGCACACCUAGAAAUCGAGUCCUCAAGCCCCUUGCACUCAGGAGAAGAGACCCAAACAGCCGAAACAGCCACCUUCCCCACAGAUGCUUCCAUCCCAACUCCUCCAGGAGGGACAGAUGAAUCCGCGGUAACCGUUGCAGCCCCUGCCAGGUCCUGUGCCAAGGAGCCCUGUGGCAGUGCAGUCUGCCAGGAGACAGAGGGACACAUCACAUGCCUGUACCCCCCUGGCCCCACCGGCAAGAACUGCAACAUAGACAUUGAUGAGUGCCUCUCAAGCCCUUGUCUGAAUGGAGCCACCUGCGUGGACGCCAUCGACUCUUUCACAUGCUUAUGCCUUCCCAGCUACCGAGGGGACCUGUGUGAGAUUGACCAAGAGCUGUGUGAGGAGGGCUGGACCAAGUUCCAGGGCCACUGUUACCGCUACUUCCCCGACCGCGAGAGCUGGGUGGAUGCAGAGAGCCGGUGUCGGGCACAGCAGUCACACCUGAGCAGCAUUGUCACCCCGGAGGAGCAGGAGUUUGUCAACAACAACGCCCAAGACUACCAGUGGAUCGGCCUGAACGACAGGACCAUCGAAGGGGACUUCCGCUGGUCAGACGGACACUCCUUGCAAUUUGAGAACUGGCGCCCCAACCAGCCGGACAACUUCUUCGUCAGCGGAGAAGACUGCGUGGUGAUGAUCUGGCACGAGAAGGGAGAGUGGAAUGACGUUCCCUGCAAUUACUACCUGCCCUUCACGUGUAAAAAGGGCACAGUGGCCUGUGGAGACCCCCCGGUGGUGGAGCACGCCAGGACCUUCGGGCAGAAGAAGGACCGGUACGAGAUCAAUUCCCUGGUUCGGUACCAGUGCACUGAGGGCUUUGUCCAGCGCCAUGUGCCCACCAUCCGGUGCCAGCCCAGCGGGCACUGGGAGGAGCCUCGGAUCACCUGCACAGACCCCUCCACGUACAAGCGCAGACUACAGAAGCGGAGCUCACGGCCCGCCCGGAGGAGCCGCCCCAGCACUGCCCACUGAAAGCAUCCCGGACGCGCCCAGGAUGCUGAGCCCAGGAGCCUCGCCAGGCUGACAUCCCACACGGAUGGGGUCCUCUUCUUGUCGCUUUCUGUCAUAUAAGGAAUUCCAUUAAAGAAGGAAAAAAACAAAUCCCACAUUGUGUAUGCACCCACCCAGCCCCCCACCCCCUCCCACAUCGCCAGAACCGCAUCUGAUUUUCCCCCCAGUGCCAAAGCCAAGCAAACGUAUUGUAACCCGUGGACUGAGUUUAGAGACAUUUCUUCAAUCUCCCGUUGUGCCUUUCCAGGGACCAGCGCAGGGACAGGGGGAGAAGGGGAGGGGUUAAGUUAAAUAAAGAAGAUUAUUUUUUGUUUCCUGACUUUAUCCAAGAGCAGUGCAAUCGUUGGUUCUUUCACCUCCAGGGAGAGCUAGGGAGGAGGGAGGGAGGGAGGGGCACGAAGAACUGGAGCCCAAACCGCAGCUGAAUGUAUUGGAUGAGGACCCAGGAGGGCCGCACCAUCUGCAUCCAGGAGGGAGAAGCCUGGGAGAGAGGGGGCGGGUUCUGCCGAGGGUGAGGGGGCAGGAGAGAGCCAUGGAGGGAUCUUCCGCUGCGUGGGGGCCAGGUUCCCUCCCAGGGUCCCUCUUCCAGCGUCCUCCCACCCGGGUCUGCCACCAGAGCAGGUGUCGAUCUCGGCAGGGCUGGGUGGGGGGCACUUCCUUCCCAGGGGGAGUGCCCCCCACCCCCUCUCCCCCCUCCCCCACCCCCGGGACUGUGCAGGCACCAGAGUUCCGUGCACCUAUUUAUAUUUUUGAAAACAAGAUUAUGAUAAUUAUAAUAAUAAAGACAUUGGAAGAGAUCUA